AAAAAGUCGCCCGAAGAAGAAAGGGUUUAACCAUUAAAGGGACGUGCGAAGUGCAGAGAAGAAAAAAAAAAAUGAAUAAAAAGAAGCAAAGCAGAGAUAUGGAGACGAAGGAGGAAGAGAUGGACUUGAGGAAAAUUAUGAAAGACAUAGAGUUUCUGGGUUCCUCGCACAUGACAUGGAAAGAGAGGAAAGAACUGGAGAACAAAAGGGUUGUAUCUUUAGGUGGAAAGCCUCCUAAGAAGCAGAGACUACCAUUAAGUGUGGCCCGAGUACCCAUGAAGAGACAAAAGGAAAGAGAACAGAAGUUGCAAGAAGAGAGGGCAAUUCUUGGACGAUUUGGAGGGAAGUUUGCUGGCUCCAAAAAACCAAUGGAGAAGCGCAGGCCUGAGGAUAGGGUGCUUAAGUCGACUGAAGGUCGUUUUAGAAAUGGUGUACUUGAUGUGAAGCAUCUGUUACAUGGAACCCCGUCAAGAAACAGUGAUCCCGGUACACCUAUGGGUGGCAAAGGGAAAAAGAAAGGAAGGGGAAAGAAGCACCAUGGUAAGAAGAAAGGCGGUAAUAAGAAGCGCCAUUGAGCAUAUCAAACUUACUGGGGAAUCAACAGUAGGAAACUCAGCUUCUUGGAGACAAAUUAAUAUUGUUUCACUGGAGUCAAAGAUACUGAUAGUUUUCUAUUUGUUUGUGUUCAUCAUAUUGGUUAAUGUCUGAUUAAGCUUUCAUUAAAUAUGAAGUACCUACUCGAUCCAAAGUGUUAGAUAAUCUCGAUUAAGUGAACAAAUUGGGUCUUGGAUACAGUGAAAUUAUACGCAAAAAUAGGUUUAAUCAUCUUAUAAGUUGUAACACAACUAUUAUGCAAUCAGAAAGAACAUAAAUACUUCAUUUG